AGUGUUAUCGUGUGUUAAAAAAAGUUAGGAGACCGAAAGGUAUGAGCGAGAGACUGACAAGAGAAUACCACAUCGGAGAAGAGAUCGGCCGCGGCCGAUUCGGCUCCGUGUUCCGCUGCUACUCGCGUGAUUCCGGCGAGGUAUUUGCCGUGAAAUCGGUCGACAAGGCCCAACUCACCGACGCCCUUGACCUUGAUUGCGCCGAAAGAGAGCCCAAGAUCGCCCACAUCGCCACCGCCGGAAAUCCUCACGCCGUCCAGAUUCACGCUGCUUACGAAGAUGAUUCCUACAUCCACCUUGUGAUGGAUCUUUGCGACGGCGGCGACCUGUUCGAUCGGAUCGCCGCCAGACAAGGAGCGCCGAUGGGGGAGGCCCUUGCUGCUUCAGUGAUGGCGGCGAUCAUGGAGGCGUUGUCUGUUUGUCAUCGGAGGGGAGUCGCACACCGAGAUGUGAAGCCAGACAAUGUGCUAUUUGAUGGAGAGGGGAAAGUGCGACUGGCAGAUUUCGGAUCGGCCGAGCUUUGGGGAGGGGACGUUGAUGAGCGGGCGUUGAUGAGCGGUCUGGUGGGUACGCCGUACUAUGUGGCGCCGGAGGUUGUUGCGGGUAGGGAUUAUGGAGAGAAGGUUGAUGUGUGGAGUGCGGGCGUUGUGAUGUACAUAAUGCUGGGAGGGAUCCCUCCGUUUUAUGGGGAGACGGUGGAGGAGAUUUUUGAGUCGGUGAUGAGAGGGAAUCUCCGUUUUCCCACUAGGAUUUUUGGGGGAAUUUCCUCAGCGGCCAAGGAUCUGAUGCGACGGAUGGUUUGCAAAGAUGUAUCGCGUCGAUUUUCCGGAUCAAGUUCUCAGGCAUCCAUGGAUUACCAGCGUCGGCAGUGCGACAUGCUUGCCCAAUCUUAAAUGAAUCCUGAACGGUAAA